CCUGGACUGUGGUCCGCGGUGUGUGUAGAGGAUCGGGUCUGGAGCUGGUCUGGAGCUGGUCUGGAGGCAGCAGCUGUCAGUGCUGGUACUUGUGUCUCUGAGAAGGAAUGUAAAUGUCUGAGGACAAGGAAGCCCAGGAGGAUGAGCUGCUUGCUUUAGCAAGUAUUUACGAUGAGGAGGAGUUCCGCCGAGCCGAGUCGGCUCAGGGGGGAGAGAUUCAGCUCUGUUUGGAGCUUCCUCCUGAUUUCAAAAUUGUUGUUAAAGGAGAGAAUAAAUCAGAAUACAAUGUCUGCUUCUUGCCUCCUCUGGUGCUCAACUUCGAGCUUCCUGCAGAAUAUCCUUCCACGUUAUCACCAAUCUUCACUCUCAGCUCCCAAUGGAUAACCAGAGCACAGAUGAGUUCUCUGUGCAGACGUCUGGAUGAGCUGUGGGAGGAGAACCAAGGCUGUGUGAUUCUGUUCACAUGGAUCCAGCUCCUAAAAGAGGAGGCUGUGGACUUUCUUGGAAUCCAGUCUCCCCUUGAAGUCACAAGGGGAGGAAGUAAGGCAGGUGGGGAGCGCAGGAAAACCGACCCAGCAGCUACAGCUCUGACACAGCCUGGGAGUCUUUCUGAAAACGCUGAGGGGAAGAAAAGAGAAGUGAAGAAGGGAAAGUCUGAAAUGCAGUAUGCGGCGUCUUCUCCACUGGACCCGCGGACCGUCCUGUUGAGGGACCCACAUUCUGACCUCCUACCUCAGCUCCUGGACUUUGAUGAGGCGCAGCGCCAGAAGGUGUUCGACAGCAAGGGGUUCUGCUGUGGGAUCUGCUUCCUAGAGAAGCUGGGCUCCAUGUGCCUCUGCUUUAAGGAGUGCCAGCACGUCUACUGCAAGGCCUGCAUGAGCGAAUACUUCCAGAUCCAAAUACGGGACGGGAACGUUCAGUGCCUUAAUUGCCCUGAAACAAAAUGUACCUCCUUAGCCACACCAUCACAGGUGAAGCAGCUGGUGGAUGAAGAGCUGUUCGCACGCUAUGACCGCUUGCUGCUUCAGUCGUCUCUGGACCUCAUGGCCGACGUGGUCUACUGUCCCCGUCAGUCCUGCGGCACCGCCGUUAUGGUGGAGCCAGACACAACCAUGGGCAUUUGCACUGCCUGCCAGUAUGCUUUCUGUACACUGUGCAAGCUCGGUUAUCACGGUGUUUCCAACUGUAAAAUCCCUGCAGAUGAGCUGCGUAAUCUCAGAGACGAAUACCUGUCAGCCACGACUGAGGGGAAAAAGUUCUUGGAGCAGCGCUUUGGGAAGAGGGUGAUCCAGAAAGCAGUGGAAGAAUCCUUUAGCAGAGACUGGCUCAAUGAGAACUGCAAAUCCUGUCCACGCUGUGGAACCAAUAUCCAGAAAGUGGACGGCUGCAACAAGAUGACCUGUACCUCGUGUAAACAAUACUUCUGUUGGCUUUGCCUGGGCGUCCUCAGCAGAGUCAACCCUUACAGCCACUUUAACAACCCACAUUCACCCUGUUUCAACCAACUCUUCCAUGGUGUGGAUCUGGAUGACGAAGAUGCCUUGUGGAGCGAUGAGGAGGACUGAGCCCAGUGCGGUGCUUCUCGAACCGCUUGCUCCUUCAGAAUGCACUUUAGCUCAUGAUACCAUCACUUCACCUUCUCUAUGUCUGGAUCAGAACAACAGUCACUGCAACCGUUUACCGAGAUAUGAUUUUUGGAAAGAAUAAUUUCUUGCUACUGGUUGCGCGGAUUUAAUUCAUUAUUUUAAUUUGACCUUACAGAUUGUCCCAACGGAGGAUAUUCAUGACAGAGCGUCCUCUGAUUGGGUUACUGGGGUUGCGAUAAUCGUUGUGUGUUUGCCCGUCAGAAAAGGAAAUCCUCUCUCGUUAAACAGCAAAAUAGAUUUAUUCACACUUUGUACAACUGACAUUUUAAUGUUGCCAAAUGUUAGUGUCAGACGGAGGCCAUACUCUGUUGGUUAUGUCUAAAUACAAAAACGAUUUUGUAUGUUAAUUUAUGUGUUUUUUUUCCUUCUUCAAAUCUGAUUACAUUGAGGACUCUGAUGAAAAGACAUUUUGUGUUUGAAUUUGCAUCAGAUCGGUUUUUCAUUGUUCAAUGGUUCAAAAGUUAAUGUUGGUCAGAGUUGUUUAAAAGACAAUCCCUUGUUCAGAAUUGCACAGAUUCAACUUUCCCGUAAACGCAGACCUACGGUCACUUCAUGCCUCACAUGUAAGUUACGUUUGAAUAAAGGAUUUACAGAAUCCUGCUGCAAGACAUUUAACAUAAUGUUUCUCAAAAUAAAUGUUACCAUGGAA